AUGUUUCAGCUUUGGAAACUUGUUCUCUUGUGCGGCCUGCUCACUGGGACCUCAGCGUCUCUUCUUGAGGAUCUUGGCAAUGAUGUUGUGAGCAAGCUGAAACCUGUUCUCGAUAAAGGACUUGAGACCGUUGACACUAUCCUUCAGGAAUUGAAGGCCGACUUGGAGGCGCUCCAGGAAUUCACGUCUUGGCAGGAGGCCCAGCAGAAGAUCCAGGAAGCUGAGAACUUGAUGGACAAAGUCCUUUCUAAAAUUUUUCAAGUAGUGGAAAAGGUUAUGGGGUUGAAAAUCAGUAACGUCCACAUCCUGGAUAUCAAAUUCGAAGUGACUCCUGAUGGCAAAGUCGCUAGCCUGAGUAUCCCCAUCACCACUAACGUCACCCUGACCCUGCCUCUGUUGGGUGAGCUUGUCAACCUUGGCCUCAACUUGGACCUCCAGACUAGUGUCAGCAUUGAAACUGAUGCCAAGACUGGUGUCUCCACAGUGGUCGUGGAAUAAUUCACCAACGACCCAGCCAACAUCUCACUCACCUUACCGGACAGCCCCAUUGGACUGGUCAGUGAAGCCGUGAACACUGUGGUCAAACUCGUGAGAAAGACAAUGUCCCUUGUGGUGCAGUAUGAGGUGAAUCCCCAACUCCUGCGGGCCCAGAGCCAGGCCUGCUGGGGGGCAGGUGUGACAUUCCCUGGCCUGGCAGCAGGAGGAGGGGAGCAGGGGCCUGACAAUUAG